AUGUCCACAAUGAGUCGUCCUGAAGAUACCGUUCGCGGCCCUCGUUCAUUUCCUGGGCCCACCGAGGAGGACGGGGGAGAGAAAGGAUCACACGAUUCUCUUGUACCUCCGCCACUGUCAUACAAUGAAGGGUUCCCAAGUCUUGAAACAGAAGGUUCAAGGCCAGGCACAGCCAUGGGUGAUGCGCCUGGAAAUAAUGGCAAGCGAGGAUCUGGACCAAAACCACUGACACCGGACGAAACCAUCGAGCUUGCAAAGCGUGCUGUUGAGAGUGGAAUACAAGAUACCAAGCGCUCAUUGGCGGGAAGUGAAGCUGUAACUGAUGUUGUCAAGCCUAAAUUGACGAUUGAUCUGGGCCAUUCACAUAUUGUGCGAAUCCCGGAGCCUGUGGUGGAUAUAAUUAAAGAUGAAGUGGAACGGCUGUCUCUUUCUAACAACCACCUUUUUCACAUUCCCUACCGUUUCGCCGAAUGUUGUCAUCUUCGAUAUCUUAACAUCAGAGCAAACAAUUUCCGAGAGUUUCCCAAAGGAGUCUACAAACUACCACUACUGGAAAUCCUCGAUCUCAGUCGCAACAAGAUUGGCGCACUACCUGACGAGAUCAGUAGGUUGAAGUCAUUACGCGUGCUCUCUGUCAUGCAGAAUCGACUUGUGGACCUACCUGUUGGACUUUCUGAUAUGAACAAAUUGCAGAUCCUCAAAGUUGCAGGAAAUCCUCUACUUUCUCCACUCCGGCGUGUUCUAGAGGCAUCAGAAGCGGACAUGGCACCAUCGGCAAUGACUGACAAUGAAAAAGAAGUUGCAGUCACUGCUGAGCUGAAGCGGUUUUUAAAGACACGACAACAGCAAUCAAGUACCCCUGAGCCCGAGUUUAGCACAGAUGCAAGUGAGAGCUCAUCGUUCGAAACACCAAAGCCGGUACCAGUGAAACGCAAGCUAAGCAGCCGGUUCCCUGUGAUUCCUAGCACCGGGGAUAGCUCCGCAUCAUCCUCUCGUUCCCCAUCAUUGUCACGUGUACCAACAGCAGGAAUGCCGGUCAAGUCACAUUAUCGUAUGGCUUCUGGGCAGCAAAGUGGCAGCUAUCACAUUGAAAGCCUCAGACGACCCAGUGUUACGCCGCAUAUGGUCAAUGAGCGCAACCGAAGCAACAGUGAGGGCAUUAUUCAGGCAUCUUUUGCUGCUCGGAACAAGCGUAUGGGAGUCAUCACUCGCAAGAACACAGAUCUAGGGACACUGGAUGAAACCAGGCCAUACCGAAACAGCCAUCUGCGAGGUCUUAGUCAUGGAUCUGUGCUUCGUACACGCCCGGCUGGAACUGCUCCUGCAAGUGGUAGUAGUUCAUCCAGUCCUAGCAGCCCCAGAGACAGGCGCCGCCCACGAGACGGCUGGGUGAAUCGAAUGUCAAGCCUUCCUGAACAUAAGGGCGAAAGAGGUACUGUGGAUCCAAUCAUUGAAAGUGCCAAGGGGAUUUUGUUUGCAUUAUUCCAAGUUCAUUCCCACAUUUCUACCUUGAUCAAUGUGAUUAAGCGUGAUGAUACCCGACGCCACAGCCUUGAACUUGUGUUCUACAAUGCCUCAACCCAUGUUGAACGGCUCAACGAAGCUCUGGAGAAUGCAGAAGCAUCAUUAUCGGAUGAACCAGAUUCGACGCGGGCAGCGAAUGAAGCUGUGAAGCGAGAGUGUGAAACAUGCAUUGCAGCCUACACGCAUGUUGGCACCCAGUUACGCAACAGCGCUUCCAAGAUUGUCUCCAAUGGAGAUCCACGUUAUGUGCGUUCUCUGAUGUUGAUGAUGUAUGGCAGCGUGGUCGAAUUGCGAAAUGCUUACAAUGUCCUUAACCUCAACCUUGAGCCUGCAGAGAAGCGGCUUUCUGCCCCGAAAUCAGUUGUCCCCGAGGUAGCUAAAGGUCCGUCAGCCCCAGAGCAGGGCCUACGACCUUUAGUCACUCCACCUCGGGAGACUACAACACCAGCACGACGAUUGCGCAGCGAUACCACUAUCCGACAUCCUCAAGUUCCACUAACCCUGACGGGCCAGACAGCUACUGGCUCGCCUGGCUUUACAACGCCAUCAUCCUUCAACUACGCGCGCAGCAGAUCCAGUAGUCGAACAAAUUUGAUCAAUACUUCGGUACCUACAUCUUUAGCAACGCCUCGUUCUGGGGAGUCAUUUCCUCCUAUGCCCGUCGGCAACAUGCCUCGAAUCAAUCCAUUAACCGGUUUGGAUGAAAUUGAGGAAGAGCGUAUCUUCGAGAAGAUCUUCUACCAGCUUACUUCUGCAUACAGUGCAGCACUCCAAGCACUCCCCAUGGCUCGACGUCAAUUAUCCCGAUGUUUGGAAGCUGCUGAGCAAUCUCGCGAAUCGGAUGGGAUCCAGAUGCUAUGGAACAAUCUCAUUCGUCGAUGCCGAGUCUGCUUGGAAGUGUCCGAGGCACUCGGUAAUCGCCUUUUAAACAUGAAGGUCAAGGAGCCGAACGGUGGACUGCGAAACCAGCGUGAGUUCUGGCAACUAUGCAAGAGUUUCAUGCAGUCAUUUGUCGAUUUUGUCAAUGAUAUGCGAGAGGUUCGAAGUAUGCAACUCCUCCCACAGGAUAUCAUCGUCAUGCUACGACCUGUCCAACGAGCCAGUCGAGAAGCCGGACGUUUAAUCGAAGCUUCUCCUUGGUCCUUCCUUGCAGAUAUGACCACCAAUGGCCCGAAUCAUCUGUACGGACCUCCACUGCAACCCCCACAUUUGCAACAUCCGCACUUGCAACACCAAACCUCCGUCUCAACAUCUGCUCUCGCCUCCAACACCCUCCCGUACCUUACUACGAGCUUGUCUCCUCAAUCCAUCACAGUCCCUGCCACUCCUCUCAGCGCAGCGCUGGGUCCCGCGGCGCAAGCUACCGUUCCCUCAACGCCGGCUAGUGCGUACAGCGACAAAUUCUUCGAGGGCGAUGUCUUCCAACGCGCCGAUUCGCUUCUCUCAAUGCAAAACCAAGCACCCUACUUUAGUCGUCGUUAG